ACCAACGUAAUACCAACGUAGCUCUGCUUUCGGAACGUAGAGCCGAGGACCAUUCAGACAACUAUAUUUCUUUUGGUGCAAAAUAUUCCCACUUCACUGCUUCAUUGCUCGGCUCCGGCGAUGGCGACCAUCAGAAUGAUCGACAUUGCUGUGAACCUCACAGAUGGGAUGUUCAGGGGGAUUUACAACAGGAAGCAAUACCACGUCAGCGACAUCGAAGCUGUGCUUUCCCGGGCAUGGAACGCCGGCGUUGACCGGAUCAUCGUGACGGGAACAACGCUGGAGGAAUCGCGUGAGGCGCUUCGAAUAGCUGAAUCUGACGGAAGGCUUUUCUCCACUGUGGGUGUGCAUCCCACGAGAUGCGAGGAAUUUGAAAAGAGUGGUGAUCCUGACAAAUACCUACAGGAGCUAGCAUCAUUAGCCAAAGAGGGAGUUGCAAAGGGAAAGGUGGUUGCAGUUGGUGAAUGCGGUUUGGAUUAUGAUAGACUUCACUUUUGUCCAUCUGAAAUACAGAAGAAGUAUUUCGCAAAGCAAUUUGAAUUAGCAGAAACUUUGAAAUUGCCAAUGUUUUUGCACAUGCGUGCUGCACCUGAUGAUUUUUGCAACAUCUUGGCGCAAAAUAUCGACAGAUUCACUGGUGGAGUUGUUCAUUCUUUUACUGGUAGUGCAGAAGAUCUUGGCAGACUUCUAUCAUUUGACAACAUUUUUAUAGGACUUAACGGCUGCUCUCUUAAAACAACAGAGAAUCUAAAUGUUGUGAGAGACAUUCCCACAGAAAGAAUAAUGAUUGAAACUGAUGCACCAUAUUGCGAGAUUAAGAAUACUCAUGCUGGAAUUCAUUUUGUCAAAUCAAAUUGGCCUUCUAAGAAAAAGGAAAAGUAUGAUCCUGAUUUUAUUGUUAAAGGGCGGAAUGAACCUUGUUGUGUUAGACAAGUGCUUGAGGUUAUUGCUGGCUGUAAGGGAAUAAACAGUAUAGAUCAACUGGGCAGGGCAGUUUACCAUAACACCUGCAGGCCAACUGUGCCAGAGGAGAUUCGAACUCCCGACCCGAAAGGUCUCAUUCCGUGGAUGUCAACUAACAGGUCGAGUGAGUUACAGGACACACACUACCCAAGGUAAGUUGGGGUGAUUUUGCUCAAAUGUAGGUCACGACUUGAGGGAACGAAUUCUCUCAACCGGCCCUACGACUUGGCGGGCUCUGCAAAAGGAGAACCUUUUUUUUUAUUUUAAUGUCCAACGCCUUUCUAACUAUUAUGUGAUGGUGGGACUAUGCUGAUCUUGAAGAUUAGAAUUUGCAUACAAUUGAUUCUGAUAUUAUUGCUCGGCCUGUUAGCCUUACUUGGUUUCCAUAUGUAU